AUGGCUGGCUUUCAGUACUUGUGCUUUUUGGUCCUGGUUCAGUACACUCUCGUCCCAACCGUCCUAUCCGCUCCAUACUUACCUACUAGCAAUCUCACCAGCAGUCAUCUCAACAUCCUCCCUCAUGUUUCAUCGCCCAUCACCGUUCAACCACUCAACAUCACUAAUCUAGUGGAAGACUCAGGCAUAGAAUAUCACGUUCCCAACACCAUAACAACACUCUACUUCCACUUGGGCUUCCCGUGCAAGGAAGCGGGGGUGCAUAACACUAUCAACAGCGCUCGCAUUUACUGCGAGCAGAAGCUUGAACAAGGGGGCGACGGGCCGCUUCCCAAGAGUGAAGACCCUUUCCACGAGGACCUGGGCUACGGGGCUGCAAUUAACGUGGUUCCUUCUCGGCCGGACUACCGUCUUACCUGGGACAUUCUGAAAGAUGCUAUGGAUGGCUUAUGGGAAUUCUUGGUGAUCGAGGGCCGAUACGUGGAGUCUGAGUUUGAUAUUUGCCAUGGAGCGUUGGGUUUGGUGGGCAGAGGCACGAUAAGAGAGGCGCCAGAGACAGGACUUGCACGGUAG